AUGACCUUAGAGCCGGUGCCGGGAGCCUUCCCAUCUCUUCACUCCCUGAUCGAGCUGAUGUCAGGUGCAUUCUCCCCAUUCUUGGCUCAAGAUAUGAAGCGACCCCUGAGCCUGUCCCACCCUGCUGAGAACAGGCUCCACCUGGUCGAGACGGCGGGGAGCCAGUCGGAGCAGCGCGUGAAGCGGGAGAAGAAGCACCAGUCGUUCACGCUGUGCGAGGUCUGUAACAUCCAGCUCAAUUCGGCCGCCCAGGCGCAGAUCCACUACAAUGGCAAAUCCCACCAGAAACGCCUCAAGCAGCUCAGCAAAGGGAAGGUGCCGGCGGGCCAAGGUCCAUCUGGGCACAGCAGCCCCCUCCUAGCAUCGCUGUCUGUUCCUGGGCGACCCCUACACCCGCCACUGGACAUCAAGCACUUCCUGACCUUUAGACUCAAUGGGACGUCCCCACUCAACCUGUUCCCCAACUUCAACACGAUGGAUCCCGUGCAGAAGGCCGUGAUCAAUCACACCUUCGGCGUCCCCUCCCCACUCAAGAAGAAGCAGUUCAUCUCCUGCAACAUCUGCCACCUCCGAUUCAACUCCGCGAACCAGGCCGAGGCGCAUUACAAAGGCCACAAACACGCCCGGAGACUCAAAGCCAUAGAAGCUGUGAAGAACAAACAGAAAACGGCAGCGGUCCCCAGCCGGGACAUCCCGGCAGACUUCCCUGCCACCCUGGACGUGAGCGGGGAUCCCCACAGCACAGUUCAAGCCAACGGCCUCCUGGGGCUGAAGGAGCCGGACGCUGAGUGUAGCAGCCUCGUGCUGAUGCCCACCUCAGAGGAGUCCUCGGCCGAGCUGUCCAGCAGCGUCCCAGCCCUGGUCUCCCCGCCUGUUUCGGAGCUGUCAGAGGGCCCUUCGGAUGCUGCCAGCGUGGCCUCUUUGCCAGCGCUGGGAGCUGAGACGCCAGCCACUGAAUCGGGCAGCAGCGUCGGCUCAGCCCCUGACAGAGAAAAGGAAGGGAAGAAAAGCAAGCAGCACCUCUACUGCCCCACCUGCAAAGUGACGGUGAACUCGGCAUCCCAGCUGGAGGCUCAUAACACGGGGGCCAAGCACAAGUCUAUGCUGGAGGGUCAGACCACCCAGAUGCGGCGGGGCCGGGGCAAAGUCAUCCCCAGGGCAGGGCACAAGUCCAAAAGAAUUGGCAACAAGGGCAGCAUCAACAUCCAGAACAAGGCGUUCCAUUGCCAAGUGUGCGAAAUCUACGUCAACUCGGAGACCCAGCUCAAACAGCACGUGAGCAGCAGGAGACACAGAGACAGGCUUGCUGGGAAGCCACCCAAGCCAAAAUACAGCCCAUACAACAAACUCCAGAAGAACGCUGUCCUCGCAGUGAGUAUUCUAAAGUCCAAGCUGGCUUUGCAGAAGCACCUCACCAAAACCUUGGCUACCCGCUUCCUCCCGAGCCCCCUCACCACGGCAGCCAUGUGCGCCAUGCCUGGCCCACUCACCCUCAGACCAGCCACCGCCACAGCCCUCUUCCAGGCCCCGCUCCUUGGACCAGCGCUCUUCCGAACCCCGCCCGGGCACGUCCGCGCCACGCCUGGCCCCAUCGUCUUCGCUCCCUACUAG